GCUACAUUGGCAAGGCAGCCCAGCUUAUGCCUUCUGUAGGUCCGGGAGCUUCCCUGACUGGCUAAGGGGAAACCCACAGCUUUGAUUCCGCCUCCGCCCUCUUAUCGCUCCCUCCCCUCCAAAGCCGUGACAUUUCCAGUGUUCAGGAAUGUGGCGAGCUGGCGCCUGGCCGGAGCACGCAGGACCGAGGCGAGGGGAGCCCGAAAGUAGGUCUUCAUCGCCGCUGCUUGUCUUCUGCUCUGAUGUCUGGUCCUCCCCGCAGGGAUUAGUCUCUCUGUUUAAAUGCACGGCCCAAACCCCGGCGAGCCGGUUGCCAGCGACAACCCCCAGCCGCUCCAAGUCCCCGGCGCUGGCCACUGAACUCCUGCCGGCAAAGUCUCCCGCGCUUUACUGGAUUUACAGGUUUUCGGGGAGCUCUCCAGGGUGCUGAAAUCGUGGCCGUCGCUCCGGCGGCUCUCAAGCGGAGCUCUCCAUUCCGUAGCUUCUUGCUCUGGAUUCCCUCAUGACUUGCACACGUCCGCUUGGGAGGAGGUUGUGAAAACCUCAUAGUACCAUGGCACGGAUUAGGUACCUGCGCGCAGUUGUCUCGGGAUUUUAUCUUUGGGAAGCUGCCCUGCUGCUCAGUUUGGUGGCCACAAAGGAAACCGACAGUGCAAGAUCUCGGAGCAUGCCAAUGUCCCCAUCGGAUUUCCUGGACAAAUUAAUGGGCAGGAUGUCAGGCUAUGAUGCAAGAAUCAGACCGAACUUCAAAGGACCUCCAGUUAACGUCACAUGCAACAUUUUUAUAAACAGUUUUGGAUCCAUUGCAGAGACAACCAUGGAUUAUCGAGUGAACAUCUUUCUCCGUCAGAGCUGGAAUGAUCCACGGCUUGCUUAUAGUGAAUAUCCAGAUGACUCUUUAGAUUUAGAUCCCUCUAUGCUAGAUUCUAUUUGGAAGCCUGAUUUAUUCUUUGCUAAUGAAAAGGGUGCCAACUUUCAUGAAGUAACUACAGACAACAAGUUGCUACGAAUUUUUAAAAAUGGGAAUGUUCUUUAUUCUAUCAGAUUGACUUUAAUUCUUUCCUGUCCAAUGGAUCUCAAAAAUUUUCCAAUGGAUGUCCAAACAUGUAUAAUGCAGCUGGAAAGCUUUGGAUACACAAUGAAUGAUCUCAUCUUUGAGUGGCAAGAAAAAGGUGCUGUGCAGGUAGCUGAUGGACUCACUUUGCCUCAGUUUCUGCUGAAAGAAGAGAAAGAUUUAUGUUAUUGCACCAAGCAUUACAACACAGGCAAGUUUACAUGUAUCGAAGUCCGCUUCCACCUUGAACGGCAGAUGGGUUAUUAUCUAAUUCAAAUGUACAUACCUAGUCUGUUGAUCGUCAUACUGUCCUGGGUGUCCUUUUGGAUCAAUAUGGAUGCAGCUCCAGCCAGAGUGGCUUUAGGUAUAACAACUGUGCUUACUAUGACAACGCAGAGUUCAGGAUCACGGGCAUCACUCCCAAAGGUAUCAUAUGUCAAGGCUAUUGACAUCUGGAUGGCCGUAUGCCUGCUUUUUGUAUUCUCGGCCCUUCUGGAAUAUGCAGCUGUAAAUUUUGUGUCAAGACAGCAUAAGGAACUUUUGAGAUUUCACCGAAAGAGGAAGAAGAACAAGGAUGAUGACAUAAGAGAGAAUCGGUUCAGCUUCACAGGCUAUGGAAUGGGGCCACCAUGUAUACAAGCAAAAGAUGGUGUGGCUCCCAAGGGACCAAAUAAUCCUGUUCAAGUUGUACCAAAAAGCCCUGAAGAAAUGAGGAAGGUAUUUGUUGAUCGGGCCAAGAAGAUUGACACCAUCUCCAGAGCCUGCUUUCCACUAGCCUUUCUGAUAUUCAACAUUUUUUACUGGAUUAUCUACAAAAUCAUUAGGCAUGAAGACAUUCACCAGUAAUUAAGUUAAGUACUAGAGAUUUCCAGUACUUAACCAUUUUGAUUUUUAUUACAAUGGUACAAAUACUGAUUGGCUCGUAAAGGGCAUGGAGAAAAAAAGAAUCUUAUUUGACUUGCUAUGCAAAGUCACAAUGGAAUAGAAGAAUGACAGUCAAUGAACAUACGGUAUCUGGUACAACAAAGUUUUUACUUCAUACUAAAAGUAACCAGUUUUUUCAAAACAAAAAAACAAACCCCUUGUCUAAAACUAUACUGCCAAUGUAUUUAUACAUUCUGUUAUGUGAUAGUAUAAUGCCUCUUUGAAGUUCCUUACUGAAAUUUUUAAUUCAAUUGUAUUUCUUAAAUUGAUCAAAAGGGAGUCCCAAAUGUCUUCAGAUAAGUGCCAUACCAACAGAGAUGCUAUUACAAUUUUAAAUCUCCUUAAAACUUGCCUUGGGCCUUGAUUCCGGAAAUGUAACCUUUGGUGGUUUCCCUUUUAAGAGCACUGCCGAUGGUUUUUAUAACAAACACAGGAAUAUUUCAGAUUUAUAAUUUCAUAUGAAAUCCUUCACAAAGAGGCAAUAGCUGCAAUUCACAAACCAACUGUAUUGUAUUGUCGAAGGCUUUCACGGCCGGAAUCACUGGGGGGUUGCGUGGUUUCUGGGCGGUAUGGUCGUGUUCUGGUAGCAUUUUCUCCUGAUGUUUCACCUUCAUCUGUGGCUGGCCUCUUCAGAGGAUCUCUAUUGUGUUUGUAAUACUACUUUGGUGGUUCUCUGGACUGAGCCGUAUGUUGAUGGUUGGCCAUGUGUGUUAUGACACAGAUAAGUAUACUUUGGCCAAGUGUUAGUAUUUCUAAGAGUAUUCAAGGUAGGUAAGUGUCUUAUCACAUCAUAUAAUACAAGUAGCAGCAGAAAUGAGCCUUCUGCUGACUUAAUGAAACACUGGACAGAUGCUUGGCACUAAACCAAAAUGAUAGGAUUUGGGGCUAGACAGUCACUUAGGUGUUUCCUUCAAAGCUCAGAUGGGGUGCAAAAGUAGAAUGUACCCCAGAGAAGGUUAAGUAUGUUUUUAAAAUGAUUUAAAUUAUGGAAUAUUAUGAAUGAACUACUACUUGCUGAAUGUUCAUGCUUAUUGGGAAGCAUACCUCCUUCACAUCAAUAAGAUCCACAGGUUAAGUUAUUUAAGGCCAGUCUGUAAGUCCCAUUAAUUUUACCCAGCUCAGUGGACCUCAGCCAAAAGAGGACAUUAGAAAAUAAUGCUAAAUGAAAUAAAAUAUUUUGUAUGAAAACAAAUUCAGUAUUCUUCAGUAAACUAUGCAUCAUGUUACAGAACAUUAUGAUUAUGGAAACUCAUUCUGUAAAUUGUGCCAUCUAUUAUUUCUUCUUUCAAAAUUACUUUUUUGAAUUAUCGUAAGAAUAGAACACUUCGUAUGUAGUAGUUUUUGUAGUAGUUUUUGAAAUCUACUCACAGAUAUGGGGAGGUUUCUUUUUAAAUCCUUUUUUUCUUUUUUUAAUUCUUAAGUUAAAAAAACAGAAGUAGAAUUAAGUCCAAUCAUGAUCCCACCAAAUUAAUUCUUUUAAAUACUAUACUAAGCUGUUAAAUCCUUGCAAACAACUAGAUUUAGAAGUCUGAUUAUGACUACAUUGUUAAUUUCAGUGUGACUGGAUCAAAUGUCAAGAUUUUGUUAUAUUUUAAAUUUUAGGAAAUCACUUACUGACAGCCUGUUCACAAAUACCACUGAAAUGAAUAGCUGUAAUAGAAACAGCAUUGGUCACUCUAAUUCAUCAAACUUUCCAGUGGACUGUGUUUAUAGUGUAUGGGUGUGUAACCUCUGCUUGUGAGUUCUGUGGGGCAGAACUUGGAAGAAGUUGCAAAGAACUAAAUUUAAAACAAAAUGG